CUUAACAGUGGUUGGUAAGCAGUGGGUGGGGUGGCAUUUGGAUUAUCCUAAUCCUCCCAUGAGGACAUGAAGUGACUGCUGCCUCCAUGGCUAUUUAAAGCCCCUUCUUCUUCCUCGGUGCAUUGCAAGCGUGGGAAGGGAGAUCACUGGAAGGGAGAAAGAAAUGGAGCAUGAAGAAGAGCUGCCUUCAUCUUCUUCCUCCUUGGGUUACCUGAUGCAGUGUAGGAUCUGCCACGAGGAAGAGAACGAAGGGCGCGCGAUCAUGGAGUCUCCUUGUGGAUGCUCCGGCUCUCUCAAGUAUGCUCACAGGGGAUGUGUGCAGAGAUGGUGUGAUGAGAAGGGGAGCACCCUCUGUGAGAUUUGCCUUCAGAAUUUCGAGCCAGGCUACACAAUGCCUCCAAAGAAAACUCCGGCGAUUGAAACUGCGGUCACUAUCAGUGAACAUGAGGACAUGCAACCUUUGGAAUCUCCGGAGGGCUCCAUUGACGGUGCAGAUUACACCAGGUGCUCCUACGCCGCAGAUCAAUGCGCCACAUGGUGCCGGUCGCUGGCGAUCACGUUCACCAUUAUGCUGUUGGCAUGGCAUCUGGUUGCAGUAGUGACGGUUGAAGCAGCAGAUCACUGCGCGUUCAGUCUCCUGACAAUGUACUUACUUCGUGCUGCUGGUAUCCUGCUGCCGCUCUAUGUUGUCAUGCGGCUGAUUCGCAUCGUCCAGAAUGGGCAGAGGCAGUAUCGGUUGCAGCUGCUGGAGGACCAAAGAAGAAAUGCAUCAACUAUAUGAAUUAUAUGCGUGACCACGAGAAGGACCAGCUAGUUAUUAAUAUUCAUUAAGCCAAUGAAUUUAAAUGAAUCUUAUGGAAGGUUGUACAGAUGUACAUUAUGUAUUACUGGGGAAUUUUUCAAACAGAACAUCAUUUGUAAACUUUCAGUAUACAUACCGUUGGUGCAGUGAAAAACAGCAGCAUUUUAUUCCUGCUUUUCCGAACGUUCA